AGAUUGUCUCAACAACUGCCUGCAGCCUGCUGCAAACCUUUUGGAAACCGAUGAUGGCCGCCGCCGACGACCUCGCCGCCCUGCGCGAGCAGCUCGCCCUCGCCUCCUCCGCCGCCAUUUCCGCCUCCGACCUCGACCACGCAUACCGCCUCCAGCUCGCCGAGGUCAUCCAAGCCUCCCUCCUCCACUCCCCGAAUGGGAAUACCUCAUCAUCACCAUCUCCAUCGCUCCCCGUCCCCGAAUCCUCCUCGGAUGCCGACUAUGCCUUCGCCGUCCAAGCCGCCGAUCUCGCGCGCGCGGAGCAGGACCGCCUCGUCGCCGCGCACGACGCCCUCUUCGCGCGUGAGCUCGCCGCCAUCCCGGAGGACCAGUGGGCCCACGACGGGGACUACUUCGAGCGCCCCCUGGACGCCGACGCGUCGCUCCGCCCGCUCUUCCGCGUCCUCUCCAAGGGCAUGGCCAGCAAGGAGGUCGUGGGACCGCGGGAGCGGGACCCCCGCGUCGCGGUCCUCGCGGUGGCCGUCUGCGGGCCGCAGGGGGAGGUGCUACUCAGGAUGCACAAGCCGCUGGAGCGCUAUGUGGGCGGCCGCAUGAUGGUAGAGGUGAUGGCGCUCAUGGAAGGCCUCCAAUCCGCGCUGGCUUUGGGCAUCACCAGCGUCACCAUUGCCACCGCUUACCGCCCGCUCUACAACCAUAUGCUUGGAAUUUGGCGCCCGUCAGGGAAGAACCUGGCAGAUAUGGUCAAUCAGGUUCUGUCAGUGCGAAGGAAAUUUGAUCAAUGUGCAAUCUCAUUUGUUGAGCCAACCGAAGUCAGCUAUGUGGUAAAAUUAGCAAGAGAUUCAAUAGCUGUUCUGAUUGCCAAAGCUCUUGCCACCAAUGCUAGCACUAGCAUGGAGAGAAGAGAGACCUGCACCAUCUGCUUGGAAGACACUGACAUUACCAAAAUCCAUGUGGUUGAAGGUUGUGCACAUCGUUUUUGCUUCUCCUGCAUGAAGGAGCAUGUGAAAGUUAAGCUACUGAAUGGAAUGCUCCCAGCUUGCCCACAAGAUGGUUGUGCCACAAAGCUAAGCGUGGAGGGUUCAAAGAUGUUCCUGUCACCACGGCUGUUAGAGAUCAUGGUGCAGCGCGUGAGGGAGGGGCAAAUUCCUCCAAGUCAAAAGAUUUACUGUCCAUAUCCGAAGUGUUCAGCCUUGAUGUCCUUGAGGGAAGUGAUUCUUCCAAUGCAAGAAUCCUGCUCAAAGUACACGGCCGCUGAUGCAGCCACGCUGAGGAAGUGUGUGAAAUGCAGAGGCUCUUUCUGCAUCAGCUGUAAGGUGCCAUGGCAUGAUAGGAUGAGUUGCUAUGACUACAAGAGGAGGUACCCCCAUGCUCGUCCAGAAGAUGUAAAGUUACAGAACCUCGCGCGGCAACGGCUGUGGCGCCAAUGUGUGAAAUGCAAGCACAUGAUUGAACUUGCGGAGGGUUGCUACCACAUGAUCUGCGUGUGUGGCUAUGAGUUCUGCUACACGUGUGGGAAAGAAUGGAAGGAGAAGAAAGCAACCUGCGCCUGCCCGCUGUGGGACGAGCACAACAUCAUUAGAGAGGACGAUGAGGAUGAGGACGACUAUGAGGAAGACGAGGACGAUCUUUACUAGGAUGGAGAAGGAUCAUUUAGUUACCUUUUGGUCCCCAUCUUCCGGAGUUUUAAGUAUCGAAAGGUUGUUAGUUGCAACUUGCAACUACGUAGUUAGCAGCUUAUCCAGUUUAUCUGGGCCAUCGAGAACAGAAUACGUCGAGAUGGCAUGCGUAUUUGUGGUACACUACUGCUGUAAAUUUUAAUGACUGUUAACCCGCAGUUAACACCGUAAUUACUACUGCUACUCGCGUGUUAUAA